CAACCUGCCAUGUGUAUUCACCAAAUACUGAUCAUUAGGUAGCAAAAUGGUCAGUCUCUGGCCAUGGAGAGGCGACGGCACCUCCGCAGAGUCAUUCGAGCGGACACUUAGUGGCAUCGCGCAAAAGAUUUCGAAGACGGGUGCGAAGAAUGAUGCUCUUCGACAAAGAGCACGCAAGCUCAAAGUAGGCUGGACUAUCUACGGCGGUUUCACCUAUAUCCUUACAGCACUGAUACUCAUCCUCGUGACCGGAUGGCAGAACUGGGGAGCGAUAGAGUACACUACUGUGGCUGGUGGUCCAGUUCUGCUAUGGGGUGUGCGAAGGCUUUUGACCACAUGGUACGAUUAUCGAAUCUCGAACACACAAAAGUAUCUGGAUAGCUUGAACAAAGAGAGGGAUAGCACCAUAGAAAGGCUGAAGCAAGCUACGAAGUAUAAUUCUACGCAGGAGCUGAUCGACAAAUAUUCGUCCAAGCCAACGACACCGAAGCAGGCCCCAGACGAAAAAAAGAAGAGACAGUCACAAGUCGGAGCCCAGGGUCACCAAAGAGUAUUCACACUGCCCCCCCCAACAGCAAAUAUUCCUCGUGGUCCUCUUCCUCCACCUCAAAUUCCGCCCGGACGGCCUGAUGGGAUGCCAUCGGCGGACUUUACUACCGGUUCUCAAUCUUCCCAACGUUUGGGCCCAUCAGAUCUUACACCAGGAGCCGAAUUUGCACCAAAUGCUUUCUCGGAGCUCGCCCCAUCUGCCCCGCCGACGUAUGGUGAGGGCUCGUGGUACGAUCGGAUCUUGGAUGCGCUACUGGGCGAAGAUGAGACGUCGGCCAAGAACAGAUUUGCGCUGAUAUGCUCUAGCUGUCGAUUGGUUAAUGGACAGGCCCCGCCAGGAGCAAAGACUCUGGAAGAUGUCGGAAAGUGGAGAUGUAUUGCCUGCGGAACGAUGAAUGGUAUUGAGAAUGAGACCGCGAAGCUUGUUGAAGAUAUUUCCAAUGCUUCUCAAGAUGAGAGCGAAGCUGAAAACAAGGAAGCAAUGACGCUUCCAAAGAGCCAGCAAAUUGAGCCUACAGCUGCCGAAUCUAGUGAUGCGGACACUGCCAAUCUGAAUACGGACACUGAUUCGCCUGCAGCAUCAACACGUAGCAAAAAGAAAGGAGCUGGAAAGAAGACCAGAAAGGCGUGAAUACUAGGACCGUUAGCGGUAUCGUCGACUCCAGUCUAGCCAGCUCAAUCUCCUGUGCGAAGCGUACACAACGAUGGGAACUCCAUGAGAACAUAUAUCAGCCUGCUUUAAGCAUCAUUUCCUUAUGUGUUGCUAUUAUGAACCUAUUUACUCCGCCUGAAUGCCGUCUACUUUUUCUCUCAAAUUGGCUGAACCCUUGCUACGAUCUUCGCUAUGCAACCUAUGCUUAGCCCCCACCUUCAGUAUAGAUUGCAUCAUGUUUUUGUCGUUUCUCUAGUGGACCCAAUUGGCCCGGGAAAUCAAGGCUCGAUGCGUAGGCAAUGGGAUGUCCAUUGUGCAAAACUGACUUACAUCAAAAUCGCAGCUUCGCGUCCGCCUGACGGAGACGAAGCUUCGAUUUUGAAUAUCGGUCAAUGGAAUAACUGCAAAAAAGGCAUUGUUGCGAGGAGGCUAAAUAGAUGGGUAAUUUUGGCGUAAUAUGGGAGUUCAGUCUUGACAACAAACGUUUCGUCGGCGUCAAAAAGGUGUCAUGCCGGAGGAUUGAAUCCAAAUCCUCUGACACCAUUUAGGAAAAGGGUUUUCUUUUAUUAUGAGCUUUUCUCUCUUCUCAAGCGCCAUACGUACAUUGUCGGAGAUCUAAACAGCAUCAGCUCUCAUUGCCAGCGCGCAAUUAGGCCAGCGCGAAAUGCAGUCAUGCUCUACAGCAGUUGCUUUAUUUGCCAUCUCCUUUUUUCCUCUUUGUUCUGUUCGUCUUCGCACUAUCACAUUGCUG